ACUAGUAGAUUCGUGGGAGAGUUCGAGAGCGCCGUUGGGGGCGGAGGGAUGAGCACUCCGUCGCCUCCUCGGCCUCGUCGCGAAAGCGAUGAGGACGGGGGCAAGGAGAGGGAUCGGCCGAGGGUCUUCGACGCCAAGGCCAAGGCUCUGUGCUGGCAGAAGGCGGAGGUGGUGCCCGGCCGCCACCCCGAGCGGUGGCGCAAGGACCUCGCCGGCAACGUCGUAUGCAAGCGCUUCUGGAAUUGCCACGGAUGCAUCUGCUACGAGUACGACCACAUCAUCCCCUUCUCCAAAGGUGGGGAUACAACUGCGGAGAACUGCCAAAUUCUGCAGACGAGAGUGAACAGGUUGAAGUCGGAUAAGCAAUUGGUGGACAAAGCAGAACUGGAAGGUUUCUCAUGUGACGUCAAGUUCACCGACAAGGAGCUCGAUAUCAUCGAGAUGGCUGCCUAUGGGGAUGUUAUUCGACCAGGCAAUCAAUGUCGUUGCAGAACUGUAGCAGAAAUGCUGGGGAAAGUGAAGUUGAAGAACCCGUUGGCUGCUUGUGAACUGCCAUACAAGGAAAACCAAUGAUAUGCUAUCAUGAAUGCCUCAUCCAUCUGGUUAAAAUGUUCAUCAAAACUGGGAUAUGCAUGAUAUCUGCGACCCUCUCCGCUCCCUAUCCCCUUUGGAGCUUGUGUGGCGUUCAAGCAAGGUACUUGUCGACAAGGCAAGUCAUUAGGACUUCUAAUUAUGAAACAUGUCAUGCCAUUUGGGCUUUCACCAUCGGUAUUAAACCUCAAACAUCAUGAUAUGUAUUUGCUUUGACCCCCUAGGGUGUUUGCCUAUGUCUUAUGACAGAUUGAUCUGCAACUCUUUUCUCCCUCGCAAGCACUCGAGCAUCAUGUUGCACUUGUUGUUAGACCCAGUACACGAGACUUCCGGCAAUACUAAAUUUUCGAGGGGUCAUUGUAUUUA